AUGUCGAAUGGAAAAGUGAAAGUCGGUGUGCUCGGCGCGACUGGCACUGUCGGCCAGCGCUUUAUCCUGCAGUUAAGCAACCACCCUGACUUUGAGCUGGUCGCCCUUGGCGCGAGCGCGUCGUCGGCGAACAAGCCGUACCAUGAGGCGGUGGCAGGUCGCUGGAAGCAAGUGCAGCCCAUCCCUGCCAAUGUUCGUGAUAUGACCGUGCAUGAGUGUGAGCCCGCUGCGUUCAAGGAGUGUGGGGUUGUGUUUAGCGGUUUGGACAGCACACCUGCUGGGCCUGUGGAAGCCGCUUUCCGUGCUGCAAACCUUCGUGUGUUCUCCAACGCAAAGAACUACCGCCGCGACCCACUGUGCCCCCUCAUUGUGCCUCUGGUUAACCCGUCGCACUUGUCUAUUUUGCCCCAUCAGCAGAAGUCCAUGUCGCCACCGCUGGACCGUGGCUAUAUUGUGACGAAUGCGAACUGCUCGACAACGGGUGUUGUUGUUGCCUUGAAGGCACUGGAGGACGCGUUUGGCCCGCUGGAUAUUGUCAUGGUGCAGACGAUGCAGGCCAUCAGUGGGUCCGGCUACCCUGGUGUGAGCUCGCUCGAUAUUCUCGACAAUGUCGUGCCGUAUAUUAGUGGCGAGGAGGAAAAGAUUGAAUGGGAAACGAGCAAGAUUCUAGGCGGUCUGAAGGACAAUGACACGGCCUUUGAUCUGCAUGAGACCAGUCCCCUGCGUGUGAGCGCGCACUGCAAUCGUGUGCCCGUGAUCGAUGGCCACUUGGCUUGUGUUAGUGUGAGCUUCAAGAAGCAGCCUGCGCCCUCGCCUGAGCAAGUCGCUGAAGCUCUUCGCGCGUUCACCUGUGAGGCGCAGACACUGGGCUGCCAUAGUGCACCGAAGCAGGCCAUCACCGUACAUGAUGAGGUGGACCGACCCCAGCCGCGUCUGGACCGUGAAUGGCAGAACGGCUCGGGUGUUAAUGUCGGCCGUAUCCGCAAAGACCCUGUCCUCGAUAUCAAGUUUGUGUCCCUCGUCAACAAUGUCAUGCUGGGCGCUGCCACUAGCUCCGUGCUCAACGCGGAGAUUGCGCUCAAGAAGGGUUACCUUUCGUAG